GCCAUACUGUGCUCUUCCGGUUGCAGCUAAUCAUUGUAUCUGGCACGAAGUGUUUAAGUGCCUUGCUUUGACGAGAGACUUGUUAUUUGUCUUUGAUAUUUUAAAUAAUUUUACUCGUAUGUUUUCUUAAAAAAUAGUUUAUGGCCGUUCAAUUACACAUUCCUUCCAAGAAUUUAAUUAUGUUUCAGGAUUUGUGACAGGAGCGAUUCGAUCGAAAGUUGACACAUCGCUCAAGAGGAGGGAAAUCGUUUUAAAAUGAGCUUGCCACGGGCUCAAAUGCAGUCCCUGAAUGGAAAACGACCAAAUUCCCAAAGAGUGCAACAAGAAGCAUCACCCACGCAACAUGAUGAUUUGAUUAGAUAUAUAUGUGACUCUUGGAAUACAGUGUCAAGAGAGCUGGAGAAUUUCAGUCAAAAUGGUGCUGACACUAGCAAAGGAGGACCAAGUGUAUUGUACUAUGUGGAACAAGAGCCAAAUCCACAACUGAAAGAUUUUGAACCAUUUGACCUUGAAGGAUGGUGGGGGAAGAGAGUGGUGCAGAAUAUUACACGUACCCAGUCAUCAUAGUGGGUAGGACAGCAUUAUUACUUGCACUGUGUUGCCAAGUAACUUUGUGUUGGUAACGACGACAUGAUCAGUUGCCUAGCAUCGGUGUGUAAGGACUUGGCUGCAUUUUACUAAAACAUGCAAAAUGUGCAUAUUAUUUUGACAGUGACAAGUGACGUCAAGUGGAUUUGGAUUCAUUUUAUCAGGUGCAAUAGGAUUUAUUAUGAGAUUUAUUAUUUGAGGAAUAAUUUGGGGGUAACAUAAGUGAACAUUUUUUAAAGUCAGUAAUUCAAUCUGAACUGAGAUUUCAGAUGGAAGAUGGAACAGUAUGUUCAAUUUUGACCUUGUUCAUUUGUUUUAGAAUGGAGUUCCCAUUGUUUCCAGACUUACUUUCCAAUAGGAUUUUAAGGCAUUUUAUUCCUUCAAUGAAAACAUUUUACCAUUUUCAGUCUGUGUCAGUAUUCCCUGUAGAUUAGUUAUGUUGGAAAGCAGAAUGAUAAAGAAACUUUGAGCAUACAAAAGCAUGACACAUUCCUCUCUGUCACUUUAGCUAGUUUUUACACAUGUUUUCUGGAAAUUCACAUUUUACUCUAGUACAGUAUUCUUUUAUUUGAGUUUUAAUGUACAGCGUUCAUCAGAAGUCACAUUAUCUCUGAAGAAAGCAGUCUUCUGGGAUUU